CACAGUUGCUCGCCUGUUGCCGAACAGGCAGUGACCUCACGGCGCCAUAUUAAAAUGCUCCCUCCUCUUUGCCUGUGAGAUCGUAGCUUAGCAGCAGCAGCUAGCCACCAGUCUGCUUUUUACAUCCACUGACAGAGGGCAACGCCGUGAUGGAGAUCGACUCGCUUCAAGAGGCGCUCCGAGAUUUCGAUAAGAAAGCAAAGACGGAGGAAUGUCCUCUUCUGGAGCAGUUUCUAUGUCAUAUUGCCAAGACAGGAGAGACAUUGGUGCAAUGGCCUCAAUUCAAGAACUACUUCCUGUUUAAAUUGGAGAAUGUGCUGGAUGACUUCAGAGCCUCGGCGCCUGAGCAAAGAGGUCCUGCAAAUCCAAAUGUCGAGUCAAUUCCAUUCGAAGAUAUGAAGGAGAGAAUCCUGAAAAUUGUCAAGGGAUACGACGGAAUUCCAUUUACGAUCCAGCGCUUGUGCGAGCUGCUCACAGAACCCAAGAGGAACUACACAGGAACAGAUAAGUUUCUCCGGGGAGUGGAGAAGAAUGUAAUGGUGGUAAGCUGUGUCCACCCAACCUCAGAGAAAAAUGGAUGCAGCGCUGUCAGCAGAAUGAAUGGAGUGAUGCUUCCUGGGAACACAUCUGCUUUUACAGAGAGGAAAGUGAACGGUCCUGGAACUCCCCGACCGCUGAACCGACCAAAGUUGUCUCUGGCCAACUCACUAUCAGCUAACGGCCUGCCAGACAGCACAGACAACAAAGACCUCGACACAGAGCACGAAGACGACAAAGACUCCAGUGAGGUGUCAGCGUCGGGAUCCCUGCCGAGCUCGGUGAAGAACAAACACCCCGAAGAAGCGGAGGAGGACAUGGAGGCCGAGCAACAGGAAGUGAAAAGACUUAAGUUCAGCAAGGACGACGAGGAAGAGGAAGACGAGGAGGACGAAGAGGAUGAGCAGGAGGCGGACACUCUGAGGCCUUUACACGCCACCUGCCAAUCGAAAGAGGCAGAAGCCAUGGUGCAGGAGGAAGACGAAGAGGAGAAGGCCGGCUACAGGAAGGACAAGGAGGCUUCCAGCAGUGCUGCUCCUCCAGAGGACCAAGAACCCAGCAGCAGCACGCAGGCCGAGGCGUGUUCGGGCUCCGGUGCGGAGGCGGAGCAGGCGGAGAGGGAGGUGCCGUGCGGCUCCCAGGAGGAGGGCAACGACAUGGAUCAGACGGAGCAGCAGGCGCCAGUCCUGGAGGGUCCGGAGAGCAGCAGGGACAGCGAGGAGAGCAGCAGCGACCCGGUGAGCAGCAGCAGCAGCGGGAGCAGCAGCAGCUGCAGCAUAGAGGAGGGGGCGGACGCAGCCAGAGAAGACGUAGCCCCCUCCAGCAGUACCUCCGAACCCCCUACAGAGGGCGCCAUGGAAAGUGCCACCUUGAACACUGGGACCACAGAGGAGCCCAUGGAGCAGGACUAAACUCAACCCCCCCCCCCAAAUCCCCCUUCUCUACCUGCAGCCAUGUGUGACCAUAAACCAGCUUGUCCUUGAUUCCAGCUUGACUGUCACUGGGAGCGAGGAGAACUGCACCUCGUACACAAGACAAAACGCCUCGUCCCGCUUUCUUUUUUUGGACACUCCUCCGAAAAUACCUGGCAUUGAUGUUGGCAUACAAAUACC